CCCUCUCUCUCUCUCUCUCUCUCUCUCUCUCUCUAUUUGUGCGUGUUUGUAUGUGUAGGAGUAUUGUACGAGAAUAUGAUUACCCGGAGAAGUAAAUACCAGAGAGAGAGAGAGAGAGAAGCCGCCCACAGUGUAUAUAUAUAUAUAGAUGCUCCACUCUUGUGGUGGUGAUCGGAUAAUUGAGUGCGGGCGGGCGGGCAGGCAUGGGUCAUCACUGCUGCAGCAAACAGAAGGUUAAGAGGGGGCUUUGGUCUCCCGAAGAAGAUGAGAAACUCAUUCAACACAUCACCUCCCAUGGCCAUGGCUGCUGGAGCGCUGUGCCUAAACUUUCAGGGUUGCAGAGGUGCGGGAAGAGUUGCAGGCUGCGGUGGAUAAAUUACUUGAGGCCGGAUCUAAAGAGGGGGUCUUUUACGGAGCAAGAAGAGAGGACAAUCAUAGAUGUUCAUAGGAUUCUGGGGAACAGAUGGGCGCAGAUAGCGAAACAUUUGCCAGGGAGGACUGAUAAUGAAGUGAAGAACUUCUGGAAUUCUUGUAUCAAGAAGAAGCUUAUUGCUCAAGGCUUAGAUCCCAACACCCACAAUCUUCUCUCAAUCUCUCCAAAUCAAUCCAAGAUUCAUCACAAACCCAAACCCAACAACAACAACUCUUAUCAUCAUCAUCAUCAACUAUCCCCUUCAACUUUCACCAUAGACACUACUAAAGAGGUGAUUCCCAUGGGAAUGAAAGCUGCCCUUUCCUCCAUUAUUAAUCCCCCUUUCCACCAACCUGAUUACACUAAUAACACUAUGAUGAUUCCCACAUCGAAUGAUCAGCUCGCCACUACCUUCGACUACCAAAACCCUACCACCAUCAUGGAUUUCGGAAGCUGCAGCUCUUCAAUGGAGAGCACUACUUCUUCCCUGAUUGCGGCGGCCGCCGGGGGGCUCGGAAUCAUGGCCGGGAACGACGGCGCCGUGUUUGGAACCGACACUACGUUUCAACCGGCGCAGGGGUUUGAGCCGCCGGAGCCGCAAGAAGAACGACAGGAACAGGAGCAAUUGUACAAGGUUAACAGUGAUGAGUUCAAUAAUGGCGGACAAAACAUGUUCGAUGCGGCGUCGAACUUUGAUUUUGAGUUCAUGGAUGCGGCGUUGAUGCCUUGUGGGGUGUAUUCGAAUGUAAAUCCGAUUGAUCAACUUAUUGCAUGGGAUUGCUGAUGAUGAUUUCUGAUCGAGAAUUAUAUGUGUUCAUAGGCGCAGCUUUGAUUUGUUUAUGUAAGUGUAUACAUUAAGUUAUACGAAAUCUAGAAAAAUGCUAAAACUACUGCAUUCUUUUCUUUAAUUUUAGAUGGAGAGCAUAAUGGGAUUAUCGGUCGAGAGCAUCAA